CGCAGCUCCUCCCAAACCCGGAUGUUUUGCUUCAUGAUAGUUUAAAGGCUAAUGAGAAUAAGCCAGAAAAAUACCGGCUACUUAUGUCUUCAGAAUAAAAUGAACUUCAUUAAAUGAGUUGAGUUAAUCCUGCAGGAUGCUUCGAGAGUCGUAUCCCUUCGCGGAAGACAGUUUCAGCCGCUUCCCGUCGCAGAGUAACAUUUACGGGCUGUGCCAGGCCGGGGAGCAGGAGCUGCUGGCGGCCACUCUCAAGGGGAAGGUGCUGUGCUUCAGAUACCAGGAGCUGCAGCAGAAAAUCCGACCUGUGGCCAAGGAGGUUCAGUUCACCUACAUACCAGUUGAUGCAGAGAUUGUAUCAAUUGAUGCCUUCAACAAGUCUCUACCCAAAAGAGGCCUGGGGGGAAUCACAUUCGUCAAGGACUCUGGUGACAAAGCCACACCGUUCCUGAAUAUCUACUGUGACUAUGAGCCUGGCUCAGAGUUCAACCUAGAGUCUAUUGCACAGAGUUGCCUGAAUCUGGAGUUGCAGUUCACGCCCUUCCAGCUGUACCACACAGAAGUGCAGUGUGAGGAUGGAGGCAGAGAGACUGUAUUUCUGCUCAGCGGUCAUGACCAGAGGAUCCACCUGUACAAGGAGAACGCUUCCCUCCACCAGUUUGAAGAGCAGCCAGUGGAGAGACUGUUCCCUGAACUACAACAACUGCCCAGCAAUGUGCUAUGGCUGGAUGUGUUGGGUAUAGCUGGUGGCCGACGACUCUCAGCGUUUGGCUGUCAGAACGGCUGCGUUGGACUGGCUGUGGUCAACCAGACAGGACCGGAGGUUUUGCAGAGCUGGCGGUUCCAGUUUGACAGUCCAAUUUCUACAGUGCUGCUGUUUCCUCUGAGCUGCCAUACAGAGCCCAACCAGCCCAGUGGAGAGAAAAGGGUGGAAAUGGAAAGCUACAACCUUCUGGUAACCAGUGCUAUAGAGAUGGCAGUUGUUUAUAGAGAUGUUGAGGAGCGAGGCUUGUCUCGCCCUGUGUGCCUCUCAGAGAGUGACCAGUGGGAUGCAGUGCUUUGUGCUCUGGUUAUUGACCUGGAUUUUGACGGACAGAAGGAGGUGCUGUUGGGAACAUAUGGGCAGGAACUCCUUUGUUACAAGUUCCAGCCAGCAGGGAGAGGACAAGAUGGACAGUUUCAGCUGCAGUGGAGGCGGAGCUUCAAGAGUCCUUUGCUGUCCAUCAUCUACUUAGACUUGACUGGGGACGGUUUGAGAGAGCUGGCCGUCCUCACACUAAAGGGACUGCAUAUCUUACAGCAUACUCUUACCAGCACUGCUGAUUUGGUCCUUGAGCGGCUCGCCCAGAGGGUGUCAGCGCUGACCGCCGGCUCUGAACUGGACUCAGCCAAAGCUCAAGACACUGAGCAGAAAGAGGAGUGUUAGCUCAGACGUCAUUAAACUAAGACAAACAGUGCAUUUUCUUUACACGUGUAAGUCCCAAUUGUUUAGACUGCAGGGUUUGCCUUUUUGCAGGUGUAAUGUGAAGAAGUUAUAAAUUUGAAUGAAGAGCUCACAUUAAGCUAUGAGGUGAUGUGCUGUAGAUAAUGUACAUUUGCAGAUAAUAAAUGAUGUUGUGUGUUGGGUA